AAGUGAUUAAAUCUAACUUUUUUUUCACCCCUUUGCAAUCCUCGGUGCAGCAUGUUCUUACUGUAAUGUUACCGGGUGCUGUAUAGAAGUCAGAUUGUUAUUACAGCCCCGAGGGUAACCUAUGUGCAGAGGAGUAAGAGGAGAUGGUCUCCCACAAACAUGCAUCUCUCAGGGGUGUUGGUUAGAUGACUACUUAUUAGUUGUUCCUUGUAGGAUUGUUGACCUAACAUACAUUUGCGUGUAUCUAGGUGAAGGAGCUCUAUCGCGGAGUUGUUGGGAAAUUGCAGCUUCUUCACCCACGUGUGAUGGCAGAGGAGAGGGUGGAGGAGCGCUGGGAGAGGAUGAGGAGAGAGGUGGAAAGAGAAGUGGUGCGAAGGAAGUCUUUGGGCUCACAGCUGAGGACUCUGCUCGACAGUCAGUUGCAGGUUCUGAUGAGAGAGCUGCAAGCCAAGAGGAGGGCUUACAGUGUGUUUAUGUCUCAGCUCAGAGAGUGCAGCCGACUUCUAUCCAAGAUUCACAACACCCACUCACCCACCUGUGAGCUGCACCAGAAAAUGUGAGAAUAUACCCUAUUUUUUACUGACAUGAAGCACAAAAAUAUUCUAUCAAAUGUCAUUCUUAUUUUUUAUUUUUUUUAAUUCUCUUCAUUUUCAGUUUGGUCCAAAAGCUCUCAGCCCUCAUAGCUGAAAUGGGAGAGCUGGCGUCGGCAGAGUGCCACCGCCAGGGGGCGUGGGGCUUGCUGGCUGAAGGCACUGGAGCCAGGUUGCUGUGUCCUGACUCUGGAGGUGUCCUGACCAAAGAUGACCUAUUUGCUCCUGAUGGGUCUCUGCGAGCCUCUCCGGCAGUUGACCACGAUGCAGUCACGGGCCUCAUGAGGCCAAACGCCCACAGCCACAUGCUGCUAAACAGUGGCCACACCAUGGCAGUGCCGCCCAACCCUUCAUCCACAAACCGGCAGAGUCAUGCCAAUCAUCGGAAAUGUGGCCUACGAUCCAGCCAGCUCUACAUUGGUGGUUACAACUGAUUUCUGCAGAGGUGACAAUAGGAAGUGGGACAGUCCCCUUCUUCCCUUUAUUCCUUACCCAACUUCCUGUCACUCAGAUCGGCCCCUCCCCAGUACUCCGAUGAAACCCCUCCGGCUGGGCCAGAGGUUACAUUUAGGCAUACCCAUGGCAGACCCUGACACCGGCAUCCCCGUUCCUACUUUGGCUGUGACCAUCCACCCACAAACCGGAUCAGUAUACCCACUAGGAAGGCUGCAUGUCUGCCCACUGACCCGCCUGCCACAACCCAUACAGAUAGGCUAUCCCAUGCUGGACUCCAGGACAGGGAAUCUUGUACUCACAGUUGGGGUGACUUUGGAUCCAGUAACAGGAGAUGUGUUGCCAGUGGGAGGAGUGAUGCUGGCUGAGUCCUUCUCUGAACCUCUGAGUGGGCGGAUGGUGAGAGUCGGGGGAGCCAGCAUGAGAGCUGGACAGGUGGUGCCGACCACGGGAGGAUAUCAAACUCUCUUGGACACCAAGGUUCUGGCAGAAAUGUUAAAGAUUUUGGAUCACCUGAGGCCUCUAAUUGAGGAGUGUACUUUAGAUCCAACUGUACCACUUCCACAACUCUAUCCAGGCAUUGAGAAAGCAACCAGUCAACAAGAUUGUCUUGGCGCUGCUACUAAAGAGCUGGAGCGAGCCUGGGGGAGGAGCUUGCACUGCCAGCUGCAGUUUCAGACCAGGCUGGAGACGCUGCUAGAGUGCGCUGUUGGUCUUCAGCAGGAUGGAGGAGCUCUUGGAGAGAUGUGUGUGCCAGGUUCGGGUGUGUGUGUGCCAGCUCUGCUGGGGAUGGAAUACCCUGACCCUCUGGGUUCAGGUCUCAGUGUGCCUGUGCUUGGGUGUCACACUGAUCCCGUCUCUGGGAUUACAAUGCCUUUGGCCGGUACCAUGGAAGAUCCUGGAGGAAAAGGCAUGGUGGCAAUCCGUUAUGGGUCACAAACCAUUGAUCCAGUCACUGGACUGAUGGCCACAGUUGUUGGAAUAAGACUGGAUGUUUUAAAAAAGACAGCUGUUCCUGUUACAGCUGCAUACUGGCUUAUGAUGGCUGAACAAACCAACAGUGUCCAGGUUGAAGAGCUGCAGAGGGAGGUGUGUGCGAGGAACACUUACUGGCAGCAGCAAAAGCAUCGGGAGGAAGAAAUCCUUAUUGAUCUGGACUCAGCUCUAUUCCUGUGCCUCUGUGGAGUUACAGAUGCAGGCAGUUGUCAGUUUCAGUGGUCAGGGAGGCAGCUGAGGGAAGCAGCUGGGGAGCUGCAGGAUGCGGCACACACCGAGGCCCAGAGAAGAGCGGCUCAGCGCUCCAACUUGGCCCUUGUUUUACCCCAACACGUGCUACACAUCCUCUCUUUGGGUGAUGGGGAAGAAUGGGACCAGGACUGUGCUUGGCACUCAGCGCUCAUGUCGUGCCUCGAUAAGAUUGACAUUUGUAUGGAACAACUGCAACAAGACCUGGAAAAAUGGAUGAUUCAGGCCGGAGAACGAUCUACAAAACUUCAAACCAUGGACAGAGAAGUGUGUCAAAGAGAGUUGUUGGAGCUGUGCAGCUCCCAACAGACCGAUUUGGACACUGCUCUCAGUUUGCUACAGUUUGUGAGACAAUAUUCCAGUCUGCGUGCUGAAACUGCCCAGGCUGUAUUGUGUGGGAAAUUUUGGUUCAGGGAAUACAGCUUGCCCCUGUGCAGAGGACAUGAGCCAAACUUGAAGCCUCUGAAUCUGUUCCAACAAAAAGCUUUACCUCUGUUGGUGAGGCUGAACCAGCUUCUGGAGGAGAAGAAGCCAAACAGCUCUUCCCCCAACACCUGCAAUCAACAUAUUCCUGGCUCAGAGGCAAUGCCGGACAGCGGUUUCUCCACAGAACAGGCAUAUUGUUUAGAGACACCAUCAAGAGUCUGGACAGCAUCUGUGCCUGUGGUUAAAGGAAUCUCCAACCACUCUUUGAGAGAGCUGGUAAAUGUCAUUCAGUCUCAGGACGGCAGCCUCGAGGCCAGCGGGUUGCCCACACACAAGUCACUCAGACACACUGCUUCCUCUGGAGUUCACACUCAGGAGAGCCAACAGACACCAGAAUCUGUUCAAUGCACACACAUUGCUAUCCCCACAAUUCCAGAGGAGCAGUGGACAAAGCUGGUGAAGCUUUCUCCUCUAUUCCAGCUGAUGAAGGAUAUAGAUCUACAGUUGAAAGACUCGGCCAGAAAAGCAGGUUUUCUUGAAGGAGGGCUUCUUGAUGUCUAUAUCAAGUCCCACCAGCAGUCAACCGCCCGGUAG